AUGGAGAAGAUAUUCACCAACAAAGGUGUUCCAGCGGUAUGCCAAUCGGACAAUGGCUCGCCUUUCCAAUCAAAAGAGAUGGAACAGUUUGCCCAAAGCAGUGGAUACCGCCAUCACCACAUUACUCCGGAAUGGCCCAGAGCAAACGGAACAGUUGAGCGAUUUAAUCGGAAUAUGAAAGAAGCUCUGCGGGCAGCAACUCUGGAAGGGAAAUCCCUGAGAGGCGCAUCACAAGGAUUUCUGCAGAUGUACCGAUCUACCCCACACAGCGCGACUGGUGCCAGCCCGCAUGCUGCAUUGCAUGGCGGAAGAGAAAUGAGAACAGUACUUCCACUUAUGACACCAACCGACCAUGUUAUAGACCGUAUACGAGACCAACGAUUCAAAGUCAAGAUGAGAAACGGACUGCAGCCACAUAAACUUCGGGUAGGUGACAGUGUUAUUGUGAAGCAGACGAAAGCCAACAAGCUGACGCCGACAUUCAACCCUACACCUCUGAGAAUCACCGAGGUCCAAGGCUCGACAAUAACUGCACGGGAGAUAAACGGCACGUGGACCAUCACGAGGGACGCGUCGUACUUUCGAAAGAUUGCAUCCGACACGCGUGCGGAUAACGAAGAUGACCAGGACGCAUCAGACGAGAGUAACGAAGAGACGGAGAACGAAAACAGGGGGAACCAACAGGAGACGUUGGAUGAAAGCACUGAGAAAAGGCAAAGACCACGACGGACAACACGGAGGCCGAGUUAUUUAGAAGACUACGACACUUAA